CGGAAUUGUUUGUGUCCAGUGUAACGCCAUUGAAUUAAGACAUGUGUCAGUUGGUUUUAAACAAGGUCGCUUCUCUUGUUCUGCUAGUCUCAUAUACCUGAUGAAAUGUGGAGAACGGAGCUUCAAGACUUCAAGGAAGAAUUUCAACUUAUACAAUUCCGUUUAAUCUACUCAAACUCUGGCGAUUUUGCCGAGUCCCCGUGGUUUAAUGUUUCCGUGAUAUUCACAUACCGCCUUAUAGUUGCUGUUUACUGCCUCGCCUGGAUUAUUUACAGCGGUUUUCAUCCAGCUAACAAAAAUCACAAGUGGUUUAUUUACCUCACCAACUGGAGUUUCUUGUUUGUGACAUUAUACUUCGUAUUAUCCACUGUAAUAACAGCGGUGUACUACAGAGGCGAAUGCAGACAGGGCGAAUAUGAAAUCAGAAGUCCAGAACCAAUUCCAUUGAGGCGAUCUCGUUCAGGAAUUUCGCGUUCAUCAGACAUAGAUACACGCGAUAAGUCGCGUGAAGAGACACGCGCGAAGUCAGAAUCUCGAGAUUCCACGCGAGAGAAAGCUAGAAGUCGAGAGGAGGUUAAAGCUUCGGUAAAUCCGCUGGAAGUUAUGCAAGAGCUUCCUAUGUCUCGUUAUCAUGAAGCAUUAUGGGUAAUAUACAACAUUGCUGCAAAUACGGCCUUACUCAUUACUGCAACAAACUGGGACUACUCUGAUUUUCAAAUGGAUGGAUUGAUAGUUACCACUCAAAUCCUCAAUACUGUUUUUAUUUUGAUCGAGACUUUACUGGGAACAGUUCCACUUCGUUUAUUUCACGUAAUUCAUCCAAUGCUUUUUACUACUGUCUACAUCAUGGUUACUGUAGUUUACUGGGCGAAUGGGGGUACAAACAUCUUAGGUCAACCUUAUAUUUAUUCAAAAUUAGACUACAGCGGAAAUCCAACGCAGAGUAUUGGGACCAUCCUUGGGUUCUUCUUUGUUGGUCAUCCGCUGACCCAACUUGUUUUAUUCAUUGUGUUUCGGGUUCGGCAUUGGUUGAGCAAGAAAUUUAGCAAAAAACUUAUUUGGUGAAAGGAAGGAAAAAUUCAACACACCACCAGGUGAAAUUUUAUCAAGAUUUGUCCUCUGUUUGACACUUUGAUAAUAGUAAAUCUUAGAUUUACCGAUGUCAUCCAUAAUUCCUAAAUCUUAAGCUUAAAAUAAAGUGUUUUCUCGGUCAAAUAGCGUAGU